AGUCUGUGUUAUUUGAGUAACGAAAAAGUCUGGGAAAAUAUAAAUUAGCUAGCAACCCUACCCAACUAUUCUAUUUACAAAUUUCUCAAUGUAAACUAGACCUUACGUAUUAGGUCUAAGUCUAAUUUUUUCUUGUAGUUUUUUUUUUUUUUUCAAAGUAUUUUUAAGUUUCAUUUAGCGGAUUAAUAUGAGCAAUAAGUGGCUGUCUGCUGCAGUGCCAAUAAAAAAGAAAACCUGCAAGCAAAAACAAACUGUCAACAGAAAAGUACAGCAAAAAUAUCCAAUGUUUAUGGAACCGUUCUCACAAGCAUUAAAUACAUCUAAUUUAAGACAGACCAAAGUUUCUUCGUUUUUUAAAAAUCAUGGAUUAUCGAGAAGAAGCGAGGAACAGCGAUCAUUCCAUUCAACCUUUUCUAUGAAUCGAUUUACCGUUGACGAUAAAUGUAAUGACGCCAAGAUUAGUACCGCAAGAUGUGAUGACGACGACGAGGAGGAGAGGAUGUUGUUUGGGACGUGUGGAAGCAGUUUACUGGAGAUAUCUAACUUUUGUGAAUCCCAAGGUACGACGAAAAAUAACUUAUGUAAUAUUAUUAAAAAAAUUAGUCACGAGAAAUCGAAUUCUAAACAACGUAAAAGAAUGGCGGUUACUAGUUAUAUAAAGCCGACGAAAGAAACGAAAGUAGAACUUCUUGAGGAUUUCUCUCGGUUGCCGGUCUUAAAGUCGAACACACCUUACAGCAGAGACAAAAAAGAAAUUAAUAAACCUUCAUCUUUAAAAAAUACAGAUAGUAUCUGUCAGGAGUUCACCCAGCAGUCGCCGUGCGUCGUCAAACAACUUGACAUGUCCAUAGUUCACCCUGAAAUGACACACGAGAGGAGCGUAAUUGAUGACGAUUUUUCGCCUUGUUGUGUCAACCUGGAAGGUUGCUAUGGCAAUGAAUUAAGCCGAAUGGGUUGCGUUGAGGACCCAACGAAGUGCUUAACGCGAGAAAGAUUGUUCGAUGUUGAUAGCGAAGUUAAAAACAAUGACGGCGAUAAAGAUUUCUUUAAAGGGAUUUUUAGCUCGCAAACGUGUGUUACGGGAAAACAAUCGGCACUUCAACCGUCGCCGUCUCAAAACAGACACGUAACCAAGCCGCCAUCUCCUUUAAUUUUCACUGAACAAUAUUCUGAAAUGAAUACCAAUAAAAGGCGGAACCAUAAAAACGAAGCCAUGCAUACUAUUGCAACACCUCGUCCUCCUUCGCCUUUAAUAUUCACUGAACCGUGCAAUGAUACACAAAACAAAGAGACAGCUUUUCGCCCUCCAUCGCCCUUGCAGUUUGCUCGUAGGCGGUUGAAUAAUAACAGUUAUACAAUAAGAAAUACUGAAGAAGUAGUAAAACAAACCACGUUAAAAAAACAGUUGUUAGAAGAAGAUACUUCAAGUCUGAAGUCAGAGUCGUCGCGCAUUGAUCAGAAAUCUUAUGUCGAAUUUGAUUCUGGCACGUUAGUCAAAUCCAAUAUGUUGAAAAUGUCUGGGAAGGAGAACAUACGACCUAGCUGCAUUGAUUUUCACAAAAAGAUGGAAAAAGAAACACGUGCUGUAUUGCAAGACAUAAAGUACAAUAGUUGUCAACUAGAUUCUUGCUCGCCCGAUUCUAUAACAGGAUGUAUUCAACAAACUCUACUGCGUCCAACGAGACAAAAAAUCGCGUUAUCUAAUGGCUUCCAAAAUCGAAAGCGUUUGGAUUUAAACGCAGCUGAUUUUUGGACUACUUGACAUGAGUUUGUUCCUACAUUUGUCAACAACCAGUAAAUGUGUGCGCCCUGGUGCAGUCUGAAUGCACGAUUUAUAAAAAGUUGCAAAGUUUGUUGUUGUUUUUUAACUUUUCUUUUUUCAAAGCAUUUUGGGGUAGAACGUUGCGUUUUGAUGUAAAAUUCAAGUUUUCGAUUUUUGUAUUGAAUAAUGGCGCCGUUAAAACAUUGAACAUUCGAGGAAUUGAAAUAUGUGGUUAAAACCCGAUCUCACGCUAACUUUUUUUUUUUUCAAUUUUGAGAUUUAACGAAAUAAAUCCGAAACUACAAAAUUUUUGACAUAUCUGUUCGUUUUACGGCUUAUCCUGCUACAUGAAACAGCUAAGGUUUUAUAACAAAAUAUGAUAGUAUAUGAAAUAAAGAAAAAAACUGUUUUAUAAAAUUUUGUUAUCGAAUCACUUUUUAAUAAUGUAUAAAUAUUUUUUUAUUGUAUAAAUAUUAAAUUAAAAAUGUUAUGCAGUUAGAAUUUUAUUACGACAGGAAAAGUUUUUCUUUUCGUUUGGUCAUAAUCUUAUGCUUUCGAAAAAGUUUAUUUGUUGCAUGGUCCUACUGUGUGUGGUACUGGUAUGCUAUAACCUUUUCAAGUAUAUUUCUCUGGUGAAAGUUAGAGAUCAAGAUAUAAUCAAGCGGUUUCAGUUGGAAUUUCCACAAAGUAUCAAUACCAGCAAACGAAGGGAGAAGUAUCUAUUGUUUAUUGGUAUAAUAGCUGCGUAUACGAAUCAGAAUCGGCGCAAUGUGUUGCGGAAUACAUGGUUGUUUGGUUGCACAAGAAAAACAAAUUGCACAUACAAGUUCUUUUUUGAUGGAUUAGAUAUUAAUAAUCAACGUUUGUCCAGCGAUAUAUUGAAUAAGUAUAUUGCAGAAUCAAAAAGCAACAACGACAUUGCUGUACUCGAUACACCUCCCGGUCGGAAUUUCGCUGUUCGAACUUAUAAAUCUAUUUAUUAUGUGAUGGAACGAUUCAAAGUUGAAUAUUAUCUCAGGUUAGAUGACGAUCAUUACCUGUGCGUAGAAAGAUUGAUUUACGAACUAAAACACAGACCUGUGGAAUGGUUAUUUUCCGGAUACACGCAUUGCAAACCAGCUCGUAUUGACGAAGGAUAUCAGAUGUUUUCUUAUAAUUUGUUACAAGUCUUCUACAAGAAGAGCGACCUUGUGUGUACUGAGUUUGGUACUGACGCUGUCUCGAGUUGGGUUUAUGAUGUUAUGGAAACACAGAACGUAACUUGGUUCUCAGAAAACAAGAGAAUCUACCAAGGUCAAGCGUCACUGAAUACCGCUCUACAAAAAAGGAAGGAACUUUGCCAAACGUAUAUAUCCCUUCAUGGAACAUAUACCAGAGAAAUGGAGAUUUUUCACGAUAUUGUUCUGAAGGAAGAAUUUCACCACUAUGAUAUUCCAAGUCCGUACCACCUGAUCACCGUCGUGUUAACUUGCUUGUAGAAUUGAAAAGCGCCAAAGACCAGAUACCGUGUGCUGCAAAACCUGUAUUUAAAAUAAACGGUGGAAAACCUUGGAUGGGAAGACAGUAUUCGAGAUAGAAAAUGUCCCGCGUACCAUUUUGAACGAUGCUUGUGUUUGAAACAUUUAUAACGUGAUCACUAAUCCAGAUUUAUUCACAGGGGAUUUUGUCUUUGUGCGAAAACGACAUGAUAACUUUGCAAGACACUAGAAACGAGGCUGGUCACAAAUCAUCACUUUUGUUUUGGUGGCGGAUUGAAAUUUAAAUACGUCGAAAUAUGUUUACGAGUUUGUUUAUUUAUUUAUUUUUAAACUCGUAGUCGGCUGUGUUCGUUCGCCGUUUCGACAAAAGCACACAUGCUGUGGCAUAUUUUGCAGGUAGAAAAUUUUACAACUGGGUUAAAUUAAUUUUCACGGUAGGCCAACAAUGGCUUUCGCGGGAAUUUAUUUUCGUGAAUGUUUAAAAAAUUAAAUUUCGCGGAAAGUAAAAAAAAGUAAGUUAUGUGAUUUUCGUUUUAAACAUUGAACACCCAUUUGAAGAUUUUUAAUACUUUAUGAUGCUAUUUGAGGCAUUUUUAGUAAUAUUUUACGCAUGAUCAGUUCAAGAAAGCUGAAGCAUAUGGCGAAAAUAGUUUAUUUUAUUUUAUUAUAGACGUUUCAUAAGACGUUUAGUAUAAAUUUUCCUAUUUAUACAACAAUUUACAAAACCUACCUUAAUAAGGUACCUAAUUUCUUGUAAAUCAACUUUUGCGAGUUAAGCAGAUUUUAAUUUUAGCGAGUUGAGAGAGUUGUAUGGUUUGCAAAAAAAAAAAAAUGGCGUUCGAAAUAGAAAUCACGAAAUUCGUGGAUUUUAAAAAUAUCCCUAAAAAUAUGACAAAGUAUUUAGUAUGUGUAAUAUAAAUGAUAAAUUUUAGCCAAUUCUAAUUUCCCGCUAAAUUAAUUGCCAGAAGUCAACGCGAAAAGCUGAGUACAAGGUCCUGCAAUAAAAUAUUAUAUUUCCUCAUAUUGUUUUGUGUUUUUCAGGAAAAAUGAGAAUAUCAAUUGC